AUGCUAACAAGACAAAUACAGAGCUUCCCCUGCAGUUGUAAUGGAGGCAAGCAGCAGAGUUACGGUGCAGGUGUUGUUGUUGGCGUUGGUGGUUCAGGUCACUCUGUGCCAGCACUGGUCUUAUGGAUGGCUACCAGGUGGAAAGAGAAGUGUGGGAGAGCUCGAGGCAACCAUCAGGAUGAUGGGCACAGGAGGAGUGGUGUCUCUUCCUGAAGAGGCAAGCGCCCAAACCCAAGAGAGACUUAGGCCAUACAGUGUAAUCAACGAUGAUUCCAGUCACUUUGUCCGAAAAAAGAGGUUCUUGAACAAAUGAGGAGCGAUAAAAAAGAGGACAAAGACUGAAUGUAUUGUGGUCAAUAGCCAGGAUGGAGCACCCAAGAUGACUUGACAAAUCACCAUUUAUUACAGUGAUACCAAUUACAAUAAUUGUAACGUUUGAAAACUAUUUAAAAUUGGAAUAAAAUUUUGAUUCCUGA